GAGAACCCUAACUGGAGUGGAGACGGUGUUGAUACGAUCGAUCGCAUUUGAUUGGAAAAUUUCGAUUUCGCUCCAUUUCGAUCUAAUUAAGCAGAUACCAUGGAUGAAGAAGACGGAGAGAGACGUGUUCGUGCGAAGCCCUCAGGUGACGGAGCAGUAGUUGAAGUAGAUAAGCUGAGAAACUUGCCAGAUUCUUUGCUUCAUCAGAUUCUCUUGAAACUUCCCACCAAGGAUGUGGUGAAGUGCAGUGUGUUAUCCCACCGAUGGAGAAAUCUAUGGAGAUACGUACCUGGGCUGGACUUGCAAUGUGGUGAUUUCAUGGUGAGUGACUGUGAUGACUUCUCGGAUUUCAUGACUUUGUUGGGGUUCGUUUAUAGGUUUCUGGGUUUCAACAGUGAGUCGUGUUUACGAGAGUUUAAGUUAACGGUUGAUUCUUAUAAGGCUGUCGAGCUUGGCACUGAUCAUUUCACCCACUGGAUCAACACUGUUGUUAAGAGGAAAGUUCAACAUCUCAAUAUCUUGGACAAAAAUUGGGAGAUGAAUAGAGUAGUGAUACGGAUACCCGGAACAGUUUACUCGUGUGAGAGCUUGGUAUCUUUAACUCUCCGGUACAUAUGCUUGCCUAAUCCCCCCGAGCUUGUGUCUUUACCUUCUCUUAAAGUUAUUGUUCUAGAUGGAGUUGAGUUUGACAACGAUUUGGCUUUGGAGAUGCUGAUCUUAGGCUGCCCUGUUCUUGAAAGCUUAAGUUUAAACACUAUUAACAUGAACGGCAAUUUAGAAUAUCUUCAAGUGUGUUCUCAGUCUCUAUUGAGUUUCACUUAUGUUGAGAUGAUGGGUUAUAUGAAUAUCAUAAUUGAUGCUCCUAGGCUUGAGUAUCUGAGGCUUAGUGAUAAGGGAAUGGAAAGUUUCAUUAUAGAAAAUCAUGGUUCACUUGUUAAGGCCGAUAUCGAUACUGAGUUUGACUUAAGUUUCGAUAAUGAGUCUGAUCCAUAUAAUCUACCAAAGAGACAUAUGAUUCGUAAUUUUCUUGUUGGGAUAUCUUGUGUUAAAGAUAUGAGCAUCUCUUCGAGUACUCUUGAGGUCAUAUAUAAUUACUCAAGAUGUGAAAAACUACCCUUAUUCCAUAAUAUAGCUUACUUGCAAGUCAAAUUCACCGACUACAGGUGGGGAAUGUUGCCAAUCUUUCUUGAGAGCUGCCCGAAUCUAAGAUCUCUUGUCUUGGAAAUUAGUAGCCGUCCUCCGAGGAAGAAGGGAGUUAGUAUCUUACGUGGACCUCGUCAGUUUCUAACAUCUCUUGAGUAUGUUAAGAUUGUGAAGCCGAUGGCAGAGAAGGCAACAGAGACAAACCCGAAACUAGUGAGUUACUUUCUAGAGAACUCAACAAUCCUCAAGAAACUCACACUAUGCUUAGGCAAUUUGAGACAAAAGGAAGAAGCUGUCAUCCUCAGGAAACUUCUUACUAUUCCAAGACUCUCUGCCUCGUGCCAAGUUUUUGUGCUCUGAUCCUCACAAGUAUUUAUUCCGGUGAUGAACAUACAAGCCAAUAUUGUCUUUUGAGUACUAAGUUAUCAUGAACUCUAUGUUUUUUCGUCGUUUGACGCAAGUUUGAUCUAUUGUCUAAGCUAGUAAGAGAAAUCGUAUGUUAGGUGUUUUGUUAAAUAUGAAUAUUUAAGUUUUCUCGUCAACUAAUUCAAUUCUAAGACUCUUUUUUGUA